GGAGUGCAGGAGAGGUGGCCCGCGGCAGGGAAGGCCCAGCAAUCCGCAACCAUGACGGACCAGCAGGCUGAGGCCCGGUCCUACCUCAGCGAGGAGAUGAUCGCGGAGUUCAAGGCCGCUUUUGACAUGUUUGACGCCGAUGGCGGCGGUGACAUCAGCGUCAAGGAGUUGGGCACUGUCAUGAGGAUGCUGGGCCAGACGCCCACCAAAGAGGAGCUGGAUGCCAUCAUCGAGGAGGUGGACGAGGAUGGCAGCGGCACCAUUGACUUUGAGGAGUUCUUGGUCAUGAUGGUGCGCCAGAUGAAAGAGGACGCCAAGGGCAAGAGCGAGGAGGAGCUGGCCGAGUGCUUCCGCAUCUUUGACAGGAAUGCCGACGGCUACAUCGACGCCGAGGAGCUGGCCGAGAUUUUCAGGGCCUCUGGGGAGCACGUGACGGACGAGGAGAUCGAGUCCCUAAUGAAGGACGGGGACAAGAACAACGACGGCCGCAUCGACUUCGACGAGUUCCUGAAGAUGAUGGAGGGCGUGCAGUAAAGAAAGAUCUCCGCUUGCGCUCUGUCGGCCCGUUCCCCGCCCCACGACGGGGCUGCGGCCCCUUCUGGCUCCGUGUCUGGAA